AUGGUAUUCAAAUUCACAAUUGACGAUGUACUUAAUCGAUACCUUCCUGCUAACCGUCUCAAUCGGCUUCCGUACCCGAUUUCCCGUUUUCUUGGUGCUCACACUCCAUCACCUAAACAUGACUAUUUGAUCUGGAUAGAGAUCUUGGUUAGUUCCUUCUGUGGGAUCGCAUUAAUAGAAGGUAUAUUCAAGUCGCAAACAGUGUUUACAGCCCAUAAUGCCCCAUUAAUAAUCGCCUCCUACGGUGCUACGGCCAUCUUGUGUUUCAAUGCCAGUCAAGCACCGUUGUCGCAGCCAAGAAAUAUUCUUGUUGGCCAUUUUCUUAGUGCAUUAAUUGGACUCUGUAUCGAGAAAUUGUUCCUGUUGAGUCAAGCUGGGAGAGAUAAUUAUUGGGCCAGUGGAGCAUUGAGCGUGGCGGUUGCUUCCGUGGCCAUGUCGAUAUUCAAUUGUGUCCAUCCGCCCGCUGGUGCAAGUGCGUUGCUUCCUAGUGUAGACGAGCUGAUUAGGUCUAUGAGCUGGUGGUAUUUGCCAGUCCAAUUGGUGUCUUCUGUUUUAAUUAUUUGUGUGGCUUUGAUUUUUGGUAAUAUUCUAAGAAAAUACCCUGUGUAUUGGUGGACUCCUGCUCCCGUAGGUAAACCAAAACCAAAAGAAGAUUUGGAAAGUUUGAGCGAAGGUGAACCUCAUUCUGAAGGUGGUAUCACCGUAGUGCCUGGAAUACACACAAUUACUAUAACUGUGGAUAGUGUGAUGGUUCCUGAAGAAAUAGAUUUAGAUGAAAUCGAUAAUAAUUGGUUAGAAGGGUUACAGUCAAGACUAAGACUAUUAAGUUCUGAGUAA